AUGGCGAGCAUUCUUGCUAUAUCUAAAAGUCCUGUGGAUCCGUCGAGAGAAGCAGAUGAUGCCGCAUCCGAGCCUUCGGUAGACGCAGAAGUUACACAGCGCUCUUUCGAGCGGCAAAGAACCAUUCGGAGGGAAACGAUGCCCAAUGAGCGGCUCACCAUAGCCGACAGAACCUUGUCUUCCAGUCUUCCGCUUCGUACUCGUACUGGAUCUCUGAUUUUCCGAAGUGCCGAGCAAGAUGUUGAAGCGCCGCUUGAUGAACGAACAGAACUUAAGAGGCAGGAGGUUCCCGCAUCAAUCCACGUCCCUGGCCGCGAUGAGGACACUGAUCAGGUUGGGAGAUCGCCCACGACCGCUUUCGAGGCUGACUCGGAACCUUUCGCGCUCCAUAUGUAUCAGCGAAUGGCCGAGGAGCCAUCUGAAGAAGAACUUGAGCCCGAGAGCCAAAGCGCUACUUCAGUUGGUGUCAACAAUCUCGAAGAACCGGCUAGUCAGUUCGAAAGAGCAUCCACUGCGAAUGUUACAUUCGAUCCCGAAUUACUCGCACUUGACGUCUAUCAACGGAUUGCCGAAGAACCGCUUGAAGAGGACUCUGAGGCUGAAAGUCAAAGCGCUAUCGCGUCGACCAAUGUCAACGUCAUUGAGGCAACGAGUAGUCGAAUCCAGAGAGCACCGACUGCUAAUGUAUUAUCGAAUCCGAACUCUUUUGCGCUCCGCGUAUAUCAACGCAUCGCUGACGAGCCACUUGGGGAAGAACCUGAGCCCAACGCUAUUGCGCCGACGAACUCCAACAGCACUGAGGAUAUGACUAGUCAAAUUGAGAGAGCACCGACUACUCAAGUCUCUCGGACAGUAGAGCCCUUGGAACAUGUCAAAGCUCGAAGCCCGACUGGCACGAUGCCCCCCGUUGAGAGACGUGCCACACAGACUUCACCCGGGUAUCCAGCGAACAUACCACGGGCUGUAACAAUAGCUCGCGACGUAGAGCGCAAACAAAGCAGUGCUGCUCCUGACCAACUCGAUAGAGCACUUACCAUGCGAUCCUCUCCAGCACUGGAGCCUUUGGUAUAUAUCGACCCUGAAGGCCUGCCAUCAAAGACUGUCCCUCUCGAAAGAGUGAGGACACAGGCUUCACCUGAACCCUCAGUCGAUGUACCACGGGCGUCAACAAUACCUCUCGAAUCGAAUCGAAGACGAAGUAGCGCUGCUCAAGGGUUCACGCCAUCCGCUCGAGGAUCAGAGCCUUCAGUACACUCCAGCGCCGAAGCUGUGCUCGAUGAGACCCCGCAGGUACAGGGAAGAUUGAGAGUAGCGCCCACAGAGCCUCGCACAACCGAUCGUCGACGCAGCAGUGCGGCCCCUGGUAUCACAGCGUCUCCUCCACAGACCAUACUUGAGGGCAUAGAAGUCGGAACGCAAACUAGAAGCCAGACGAAGAAGCCGAAGCAAGGCGCGAACUACCCACCUGAGCAGCAAUAUCCGCCAGCGCCUGCAUAUCCCCUACGGGAGACUCCCUCAUGGACGAAGCCGGACACUCGAACUCCAUCACCAAAGGUGAAAGCUGAGAGUCCGCCCAAGAAGAGAGGAUGGCUUAAUCUCGGGGCCAAGCCAGAAGAGGAGUCUUCUGAGCUAGAGGAGUCUUCUGAGCUAGAGGGAAUCAAAUCCCGUCAAUCAAGCCAGCCUGCCCUAGACCCAUCAGAAGUGCAGCCAUUUCUGGACGCGGCACCUGGGUCGCCAGAAGCCCCAGGGGGAACGCAAAAAAGGCAAAACAGCUAUCCGAACCAGACCAGACAGGCUACCUAUCGUCGAGACUCCAGUGCCCCUCCUCCCCGAAGGGCCGACACUCGAACAAGACAACCCUCCGUCUACGCUAACAAGGGCGACUACUACCCAGUCAGUCCGAUCCUUCCAGACCGCAUUGACAACGGUUCGCAGCUCCAGCCUUCACCAUCUCGAAGAAACAGUUACUCCAUCCCACAGUCAGCCUCAAUACCCGAGAAUUCGCCUCAGGACGAACCGCGUGCGCAGUACUUCCGUCGCGUCUCGUCAGGCCCCUCCCGCCGCAAAUCGCAAUCUCAAGGAGCUCUCUACAUCCAGAAAGAUGUUGCAAACGCCGUGAAGAAGACUUCCAGGAACCCGUCCGAAGAGACGUACGCAGACGGACUGGAAUGGGAAGCCCAACCUCGAAAGCAGAAGCAACGCCCAAAGAAGGAGCUCAGUCGCCUGAGACGCGGCAAAAGUUUUCUCCAGUUCCCCAGAAAGAAGGCCCGUCAGACGAAGGAGAGUCAGAUCAUUCGCCGAGCAGGUUUCCGGAACUGUCUGGUGUUCAAGUGCCAAGGGGACAAGAGCAAGAGCAAGAGCCAACAGCACGAACCGAAGAACAAAGGCGGACUGAAGUGGUUAUGGAAGAAGAUCCUGCGCCUGCCGACGCCAAGGGUGCACAUGAUGAAGACAUACCCACCCGCCGUCGCAUCGAUAACUCAAGCGGGCCCUUCGAAGAUGACAAUGCCUGGAUCAACAGCACGGUUGACCUCUCGCGCUCAAAGACCAUCCCAAGAACAUCCACCGGAGAUGAAGGUGAUCGAAGACUUUCAGGUGCAAACCCAGAAGAAGCGCAAAUCGCACGAGCAAACACUCGUCGUGCAACCUCAGGACGAGUGCCUGAUUCCGCAACAGCCUCACAAUCCGCACGAAAAGAUUCAACAACCGCCACACGAAGGCCAUCGUCGUCAGUCAAGAGGACGAACACGCGACGGAAGUCAUCAGCAGUCGGAGAAGACAGAGCAGCGCCAAUCCUCACAGAAGUACCAACGGUCUCCAGAGCACCGACACGAUCGGCGACGAUCCCCUCAAUAUCUCGACAAGCCAGCAUCCGGCGAGGGUCUGCCGCUCCUAGAAGGGGUACAGCAGUCUCCCCAGAAGCUUUGCCAGACAUUCAAGCCAGAUCAACAAAGGAAAGCAGCUCAAGAUCAACCCCGCGGCAAGAGUCCAGAGGUGCGGCCUCGCCUGUCGCGGUACAACCAGGUCGACGGUCAUCUACUGCAACUAGAACAGGUACGCCAAUCUCCAGAGCGGCGUUACCAGAAUUUGGAGCCUCAAGGAGAGGGGGAGAUGGACCUAUGUCGGCCACAUCACAAGGGUCGCGUGGUACAACAUCGCCAGUCCCAGCUUACGACAGGGGGAAUUCUCCUGUCGGAUUACAACCACCGAAAGGUUCAUUGGGUACAACCCAGCGCGCAGACCAGAUCUCAGAACAACAAACCCAGUCAAGCCCACGACCAGAACCAAGAGAUGCUAAGCCAGUAA